CCCCCUCCCCGACUUGCACUCCCGCCGAUUUUUCUUUGCCAAAAGUUAAACUUCCCACUUGUUUUUCUGCACACAAAUUCCCACUCUGGCCUCUAUUUUUUCGUAGGUCUCUCUCUCUCUCUCUGCAUCUCUUCCUCAUCGAAUUCAAUCACCACAGACGAGUAUUCUCUCUCCUUCUCGAUCUGUCUAUACGGUUUUCUUCUUGCCAGAUCUGUGAGCUUUGGUGCUGGGUAACAAUUGUUUCUUCAUGAUUCCCCGUUGGUUUGCUUUCACCAGGAUCUGUGAGCUUUCUCCGUUGCCGUUAACGAGGAUCCGAUCUAAGAGUCUUGACUGGCGGUGGCUUUCUUCUCAUCCAAAUCAGAAUUAGAUGGAUGCCAAGCCUAAACCCUCUCAUCCUCUUUGCAGUGCUGUCGCCGUUAUCUCUCCGCAAACCACCGACCUCACCGCCUACCCUAGACGCCUCCGCGAUGCCGUUCUUCACCCAUAUCAUCCACCGUCCUCACCAAAUCUAACUUUUGGUGAUGAUGAUCCUGACAAGAGAAACAAACUAGUUCAGGACUUGAAUGAUUUAACUGGAGAAGGAAACAUUGAUAGUAUGAUUGCAGUUGAAAUGGGAUUGAAGGAGCUUGCUUUCCUGAAGGUUCUCUUCUUAUACUUUGCUCUCUUUCUUUCAUUCUUAUAUUGUUCUUUCUUAUGCAAUUCUCCAAAUAAGAAGUCACACAUUAACAUCAACAUGGGUCGUCUGUCGUUAUAUUGCCGUCAUGUUUCUUUUUUGGUAGUGUACUGCUUGCAUUAGCCCAACAAAACUCUGCUUGGU